AUGCCGUCCACCCCAGAGACCGCCAGCUUCAAGUUCAAUCACACCAUGCUGCGUGUGAAGGACCCCCAGGCCUCCCUCAAGUUCUACACAGAGGUCCUCGGCAUGGACCUCGUCGCCAAGAACGCGUUCGAGUCCUUCACGCUCUACUUCCUCGCCUUCGACCACGGCUCCGCCACCACGCCCGAGAACCGCUUCGGCCGCGAGGGCAUCCUCGAGCUCACCCACAACCACGGCACCGAGUCCGACCCCGCCUUCGCGGGCUACGCCUCCGGCAACGCCGACCCCGGCCGCGGCUUCGGCCACAUCGCCAUCACCGUCGACGACGUCGAGGCCGCCUGUGCGCGUUUCGAGCAGCUCGGCGUCCGCUUCCAGAAGCGCCUCACCGACGGCAAGAUGAAGCACAUCGCCUUCAUCCUCGACCCCGAUGGGUAUUGGAUCGAGGUCCUCCCCAACACCUUCAAGCCGUGA